AUGACCUCUUCUAUUGAUCAACAUCCUUUGUGGGUGUAUGCAGUUGAUGGCCGCUAUAUUGAACUCACUGAGGUGGAUGCGAUCACAGUCUUUACUGGCAGCUCAUACUCGGUCCUUGUGGAUUUGAACAAGCUUUCCGGGAAUUACGCCAUGCGGGCAGUGCACGCCGGAAUUCAGAUCAUGAAUGUGACUGCAGUUCUAUCUUAUGCGUCUGAAAUCGCAUCAUCGAAGCCUGCGACCCAGAAUCGUAUCAUUAACACAUCAGAUAACCCCAAAUACGUCCGCCAGUGUGAUAUUUUGAACGAAUCCGAAAUCUUCCCUUAUUCAGCGGAAGAUGUGGCAGAGAAUUGA